UUGCAAAAGAAUUUUCAGGUGUAUUCAUUGGAUUGGACUCCUGAAAAGAAUCGCAUAGUCAGUGCAUCUCAAGAUGGCAGAUUAAUAGUGUGGAAUGCUCUCACCAGCCAAAAAACUCAUGCAAUUAAGCUUCCUUGUGCAUGGGUCAUGACCUGUGCCUUCUCUCCUAGCGGGCAGUCAGUUGCCUGUGGUGGGCUAGAUAGUGUUUGUUCAAUAUUUAACCUCAACUCUCAGACGGACAGGGAUGGAAAUCUGCCAGUUACCCGAAUGCUUAGUGGGCAUAAGGGCUAUGUAUCAUCAUGCCAGUAUGUUCCAGACGAAGAUUCACAUUUGGUAACUAGUUCUGGUGACCAAACAUGUGUACUAUGGGAUAUAACAACUGGCCUAAGGACGUCUGUCUUUGGAGGUGAAUUCCAGUCUGGACACACUGCUGAUGUGCUGAGCAUCUCAAUAAACGGAUCCAACUCUAAAAUGUUUGUGUCUGGCUCAUGUGAUUCAACUGCCCGUCUGUGGGACAUGCGUGUUGCUAGUCGAGCAGUACGUACUUUUCAUGGUCACGAGGGAGAUGUUAAUAGUGUAAAGUUCUUCCCAGAUGGUAAUAGAUUUGGAACUGGUUCCGCUGACGGAACUUGCAGACUAUUUGACAUUAGAACUGGGCACCAGCUGCAGGUGUACUACCAACCUCAUGGAGAUAAUGACGUCCCUCCUGUGACUUCCAUUGCAUUCUCCAUCUCUGGCCGACUCCUUUUUGCAGGGUACACUAACGGUGACUGCUAUGUCUGGGACACUUUGUUGGCAACGAUGGUUUUGAAUUUGGGAUUCGUGCAUGACUCCCACGACAAUCGAAUCAGCUGUCUAGGAUUAUCAGCCGAUGGGAGUGCCUUAUGUACAGGAAGUUGGGAUACAAACCUGAAGGUUAGUCUUCAAGCUUGACUACCUGUUUGGCUCCCA